GUAAGAGAUUUUUAUGUUACUUAACAGGAGAAAGUUAAGAAGCCAUUUGCAUAACAAAAAAGUUUCUAUUAAAUAAUUAUAAUUUAAAAAAAUUAAUUAAGUCAUUCAUUAUCCAUUUUUGCUUGACUUUUUUUCAUUGAUUUUUUUUUUUUUUAAAAACAACUAAUAUAUAAUUUAAACAAAAAUAAAGUUGUAUAAAUUGACAAUGUAUUAUCAGAGUAGUAAGUUUAAAAAAUUUUUAAGGAUUCAGUUAAUGAAGAUAUAUUAAUAAAACAUUUUUAUAUAUGUUGAUUUACAUAGAAAUUUCAGUAAAGAAAAAUAAAUUCGCUUAUGGACUAUAUUAUUCGAAUUUCUGAAAUAAAUUUUUACAAAGCAAAACUGUUUCCCAAAAUAAUAAGCAAAAUACGCCUAUAUAGUUAAAAAAGAUUCUUUUAUUUUCAACAUUUCAUAAACAAACAGCAUAAUAGGGAGUUUUUUUACAAAAUAAAUAUGAAUUUUAAUUCGGUUAUUCUAUCUAAGCCUCUAAUG